CGUUCCUCGCAGCCCUUCACGCACCUCCACCACUCGCAUACAGCCCUCGAUCUCGCUCCCAUCUCGCCCGCAAUUAUCUUCCCACUGGCACCCACCUCAGCGCCGGCCCCGCCGCCAUGGCCGCCCAAUCGAAGCUCACGCUGCCGUCCGACCGGUCACUCUCAGCGUUCCUCUCGCGCGCCUCCACCACCUACCUGAAGCACCGCAGCAGUAUUUCGCGCGCCGUGUACCUGACGCUAUUCAUUGCGCUGAUUAAUCGGAUCCGCAAUGCGAUCGCCGAGCAGAAAUCUGCCGCCGCCCGACAGCGCGCGCAGGCGUCCUCGUCCUCCGGGAAGACCACAUCUACACCUGGCGAUAUCACCGCUCGCAGGAAGGUGGAGCUCAAUAGGGAGUUCUUUAGGAAUCUGUUCAGACUGCUCAAGAUCGUUGUUCCGGGCGUCAGGAGUAAGGAGAUGAGACUGCUGGUCUCGCACAGUGUGUUCCUUGUUAUUCGGACACUUAUAAGCUUGUAUGUGGCGGAGCUGGACGGAAAGCUCGUUAGUGCGCUGGUGCGCGGGAAGGGGAAGGACUUCUUGUGGGGGAUCGUCUGGUGGAUGCUGGUGGCUAUUCCGGCAACGUUUACCAACUCGAUGCUGUCCUAUCACCAGUGCAAACUGGCGCUGCAGUACCGCACGCGGUUGACGCAACACAUCCACGACAAGUACCUCUCGCAGAUGACGUUCUACGCGCUGGGGAACCUCGACGACCGCAUCAAGAACGCCGACCAGCUGAUCACCGUCGACGUCGCAAAGUUCUCCAACUCCCUCGCCGAGAUCUACUCCAACCUGGCCAAACCCGUGCUGGACAUGUUCAUCUACAACUGGCAGCUAUCACGCAACGUGGGUGGCGAGGGGCUCUUCGCCAUGGCGCUUCUGGUGCAGGUGUCAGCGAACGUGAUGCGCGUGCUCACCCCGCCGUUCGGAAGAUACGUUGCGGACGAGGCGCGGCUCGAGGGCGAAUUCCGCUUCUCGCACAGCAGGCUGAUCGACAACUCGGAGGAGAUCGCGCUGUACUCGGGCCACGAGAGCGAAAAGACCACGCUCGACAAGGGCUACUUCACGCUGAUCAAGCACGUGAACUACAUCCUGCGCCGCCGCCUGUACCACGGCAUGAUGGAGGACUUCGUGAUAAAAUACUUCUGGGGCGCGCUCGGGCUCGUCCUCUGUUCCGUGCCCGUGUUCAUUAAGAUCCCCGGCGCGGCCGUCGCCACCCUCGGCGACCGCACCGAAGGCUUCGUGACGAACCGCCGCCUGCUCCUCUCCUCCUCCGACGCCUUCGGCCGCGUCAUGUUCAGCUACAAGGAGAUCACCGAGCUGGCGGGGUACACCUCCCGCGUCGCCUCGCUCCUCGACGUGAUCGACGACAUCCACCGGGGGCACUUCGAGAAGAAGCUAGUAUCGAGCGCGUCGACCACCGCCAACGCCGCGAUCCUCUCCGGCCGGGGCUCCGUCACCGAAGGCCCCAGUAUCGAAUUCACCAACGUGCCGAUCGUGUCACCGAACGGCGACGUGCUAGUCCGCGCCCUCACCUUCCACGUGCACCCAGGCCAGCACCUGCUCAUCGUCGGCCCCAACGGCUGCGGCAAAAGCAGCCUGUUCCGGAUCAUGGGCGGGCUGUGGCCGGUAUACGGCGGUACGGUGGUGAAGCCGCCGCCCGACGACAUCUUCUACAUUCCGCAGCGCCCGUAUAUCUCGCGCGGCUCGCUGCGCCAGCAGAUUAUUUACCCCGAUAGCCAUCUGGACAUGGCCCGGCGUGGCACGACCGACGAGGACCUCCUGCGUAUCCUCGAAACGGUCGAUAUCGCGCAUAUCGUCCGCGACGACGCGUGGGACGAUGAGCGCGAGUGGCGCGACGUCUGGAGCUCCGGGAUACAGCAGCGUGUUGGCAUGGCGAGGCUGUUUUACCACCGGCCGCAAUACGCCAUCCUGGAUGAAUGCACGUCCUCGCAAGAUCUGGCGACGGAAAAGGCGCUGUACACGACGGCGAAGCAGCUGGGCGUCACGCUGAUCACUGUUAGCCACCGCAGGAGCCUGUGGAUGUACCACGAGAACAUCUUGCAGUUCGAUGGACAGGGCGGGUACGUCUUCACGAAGCUGGACGCUGAGAGGCGCGCGCAGCUGGAGGAGUAAGUUCCCCCCGAGAGAUAGCUACGCAAGCUACGUGGGGAAAAAGGAAAGGGGCUAAUGAUGAGUAGUGAGAAAGAGGAACUCGAGCUGCGGCUGAGGCAGGUGCCGGAUAUUGAGAAGCGGAUUGCGGAGCUCGAGGCCGUCGUUAAGGAG